AUGUUCGGGAACUUUGACGCGGCUGCAAAGCUCAUGCAACUCUGUCGUAGGCCCCUCGUCGUCGUCGUCGUCGUCCUCGUUGUUGCUGUCGCCGACGCCGAGAUAGAACUGCAGCAGGAGACCGUCCUGACAGGUGGUGGAAGGUCGUCCGGGUCGGAGAUCACCGCCGAAUAUCCAUAUUUAGUGGGACUGACCAUUGAAGGAAUAGUCGACAAGACGAAUCGGAAGACCACCAUCUGCACAGGAACCCUGGUGUCUCCGGUGUUGGUACUUUCGUCGGCGUAUUGCACGUUAAGUCUGACGACCACGAUCAAUGAUGGUUCAGAAGUCACUACGCUAUUCGCGUAUUGGAAGACACCCACAAACUCUGUCAAGUACCACCGGGCCACGAGUGUUUUCACCCAUCCAUCAUACGACAAAGCCAAACGCAUAUGCGACUUAUCGCUGAUAAAGCUCAAGAAGCCGUUCAAACACGUUGAACGUUUCGUCAGACUGUCGUCCAAAGCAUUGAACAGCGACGUCGAACUGAGUUGCGUGGUUGUAGGGAUUGGUGCGCCCCACGAACGUGGUUACAAGGUGCCAGUCCGUGUAAAGUACGGCCUCGCCGCUUGCCGGGUUCCCAAGUCCAAGUAA